AUGUCCAGCGAGAACGAUAACAACAGCCCCGCCCCGGAGCGUUCUGAGGCUCCUGCCGCCAGUGAGCACCUUAACAUCAAGGUCACGGACAACAAUAAUGAGGUCUUCUUCAAGAUCAAGCGCUCGACGAAGCUCGAGAAGCUGAUGGGCGCGUUCUGUGAGCGUCAGGGCAAGACCCAGCAAAGUGUCCGUUUCCUGUUUGAGGGCCAGCGUGUCCAGCCCACCGACACUCCUGAUACUCUCGAGAUGGCCGAUGGUGAUACCCUUGAGGUUCAUCAAGAGCAGGUCGGAGGUGGUCUCUGA